UUCUUUCUUUUUCUCUGUCAGAGUAGUGUAUAAUAUAUAGUCCUAAUUUAUUUUCUUUCCCAAACCCAUUAUCUCUGCCCUGAAAAGAAAAAAACCCCUCCGGCAAAUCCCCAUCCCUUGUCGCCUUGAAAUUUCCUUCCUGCCUGCCCUUUUUAUUGUGUGGUACCCGGAAUCUCCAAAUCGUGAAUCCGCUCUUGGUUAGACUGUGGUAAACUACUCGACCGUCUCUUUUGCAGAGCAAAAUCAGAGCUGUAAGUUCCCUUCUUCCUCAUUUUCAUUCCAUCACCCUUCCCUCCCCUCAAAUUCUGCUAACCAGUGUUGUGAAAGGUGAGCGCCAUCUCGCCAAAGGCGAGAGGCGUGGCGAGGCGAAGCUGUAGCGCCUUUUAUGGCUGUGGCGAGCAGACCUUCAAAAAGCGCGCCAAAGGCGCUAAUGGCGCCAAGGCGAGAUGCCUUUUGAAAAAAAAAAGAAGCAAUUAAAAGAAGUGGAGGACUUAAAUGAAACUUAUUUACAAAAGAAAAAUAGCAGCUAGGGUUUUUUUUUGCCUCCUCCUCUCUUCUCCUUCAAGGUUUUCAGAUGGAGAAUUCAGAUACUCCAGCAUGUGAUUCAAAUGCUGUUGAAGCUGAAGCGGUAACAGCUCCAUCUUCUUCCAUUCCCGUAUGCAAUUUUUUCAAAAAACCAUCCAAGGGUAAAAAUAUCAGAAAGCGUCCUACGGUUGAAGAGGAGGAGAAUGAAGAUGCAGGAGGUGAUAGUUCAGUCAUUUAUACCAAGAAGAAGCCAGCGGUUGCUAAUAAUAAGCUACACUUUUCAACCGGACCUUCAAAGUCGAACAAGGAUACCGAAUCCAAUGUGGAUUCAAAAUCCUCUCGUUUUCAUUUUGAGUCCUCAAAGGAGAUUCAAGUUCAAAAUGAUAGUAGAGCAACAGCAACUUUAGAAACCGAGACUCAUUUCUCUAGAGAUGCCCGGGCCAUUCGGGAAAAGGCUCUGAAGCAGGCAGAGGAGGCUUUAAAGGGAAAAAGCAAGACAGGCGGUGAUGAGAAAUUUUACAAGGGUAUGAAUCAAUAUACUGAUUAUAGAGCUGGUUUGAGAAGAGAACAUACGAUUUCUAGUGAGAAAGCUGGUGGAGCGCAUGGACCUCUGAGGGCUUCUGCUCACAUCAGAGUUUCAGCAAGGUUUGACUAUCAACCAGAUAUCUGUAAGGACUACAAAGAGACAGGAUAUUGUGGAUACGGGGACUCCUGCAAAUUUAUGCAUGACCGUGGAGAUUAUAAGUCUGGUUGGCAGAUGGAAAAGGAGUGGGAGGAAGCUGAGAAAGAGAGGAAAAGAAAAUUGGCCAUGGGGAUGCUCGAGGAGGAUGACGAGGAUGCAGAGAAGAGUGAUGAAGAUGACGAUGACGAUGACGCAUUACCAUUUGCUUGUUUUAUCUGCAGAGAGCCUUUUGUUGAUCCUGUUGUGACCAAAUGCAAGCAUUAUUUCUGUGAGCAUUGCGCAUUAAAGCACCAUGCAAAGAAUAAGAAGUGCUAUGUGUGCAACCAGCCAACCCUUGGGAUAUUCAAUACAGCAUUCGAAAUACGCAAGAGAAUGGCAGCUCAAGGAAAAUGAUGGAUCUUCUGCCAGUUCUCUCCUUCAAGAUGACAUAGAAGUGGAUCUUGCUUUACUGAUGCACUUUUGAUUGUUCCAAGUUCAAAGCAGAUUAUGACUGAUGUAUGAUCAUGAAGUUUGAAACAGCACUGAAGCUAGAAGAUGAUGAAUAGCACAUUGACUUGAACGCCCAGUAUCCCCACCCACUCUCCUUUAAUGUGAAGAGUAGAUAGAUAUGUUUUGAUAUAAGUUUCUAGCUGAUUAAGCUGAUUACAACUCGUAUUGAAUAAAGCAUGUAUUUUUCCUUUUUUGUUACCUUUGUCAUGCAUCUUGGAAUUGUAAGCCCGCAUGAUGGAUUUAGUGAAUGGUUCACUUCAGUUGCUGGUC